GAGUCGUGUAAAUAACUCUAAAGCGGUGUUCAUGUAAAAAAAUCCAUGAUGUUGGUUUGAUAAUAAAAUGUUCUGUCAUUAAUUAAAUUGUCACAGUUUAUGGUACAAAUUAAACAGACGAUAUACACCUUCUAUAUCUUGGCAUAUUUAUCAUCAACAACAUGGGAGUGCAUGGACUCUGGCAGCUGUUGAGUUCUACAGGCAAGCCUGUACCUUUAGACUCACUGGAGGGGAAAGUACUGGCUGUUGAUGUGAGUGUAUGGUUACACCAGUUGUCAAAGGGAAUGAGAGACAGUUCUGGGAACCCGCUACCUAACGCACAUCUUCAUGGUUUGUUUACAAGGAUCUGCAAGCUUCUGUUUUACAGAAUUAAACCUGUGUUUGUCUUUGAUGGUGGUGUCCCUACACUGAAGAAACAGACUUUGGCUUCCAGACGUAAUAAGAGAGAAGAUGCUGAAAAAACAAGCUCCUUAAUGCAGCAAAAGAUUCUAACCAAUCUGAUUCGUAGUCAGGCUCUCAAAGAGGCUUGUGGACUGGACAAAUUACCAGAUUUACCUCCACCACCGAAAAGCUCUGCAAAGGGAAAUAAAGAUGUUAUGUUCCAGUUGCCACCCAUACCAGAAGCUUCCAAGCCGUAUAUGUCCCAGAAAAAUGAUGAAGAUCAGAUGUACAUUGAGAGACGAGAACUACAGGAGAUGGUUGAGGAUGCGUAUGAAGAUAUCAGUAAAAUUGACGUGGAAUCAGAGGAUUUCCAAGCUCUGCCACCAGAUGUUCAACAUGAAAUCAUGACAGAUAUGAGAUUACGAAAGAAAAACUACAACCUGUCAAAAAUUGUUGAUUUACCAGAUGAUUCUAAAGAUUUCGCCAACUACCAAAUAGCUAAACUUGUAAAGCAUAAUAAACUCAAUACAAGACUUGAUGAAGUCCGUAAAGAAAUGAAUGAUAGACAGACACGUUCGUUGACCAAACGCUAUGGCAAAAGAUUCCAAGAUACGGAUGAUAUUUAUUCUCAGAGAGUGGUGUCUGAAGAUUCUUCACAUUAUAUUCUAGUUAAAAGAAAUUUAAGAAGGAAGAGGGAGGAGGAAGAAAAGGAAAGAGAAAUGAACAAAUAUUUGUUGGAAACUGUUAAUGAUCAGCUUGAAACGGUAGAAGAAGCAGAUGAGUUAUUACUGGAUUCUGAUGAAGAUAAUUGUGAUAAAAUAGAUAUUAUGGAAGAGAGUAGACUGAUUUUUGAGGAGUUAGGUGGUAAACUUGAUGAUGUAAGUGAAAAUAUAGAAGAAAUGAAAAGCAAAACCACAGAAACGAAAGAAAUUCAGAGAAACAAAAUGAAAGAGGGCACUGUAGAGGAUAAGCCUAGAUUUCGUGCAGUCAUUGAAGUAGAAUCAGAUUCUGGGUCUGAAAGUAGUGAUGAAAGUGUGCAAAUAGUUGAAACAAUGGAAAAUGAGGCUGUUGUAAUAGAUGACCCACAAGUUGAUCCUGAGCUGCAGUUUGCAAUUGAGCUGUCAUUGAAGGAACAGAGACAUAUAGAUAAAAGUAAACAAGAAGAUUUAAAUGAAAAAAGUAAACAUUAUACAGGCAAGAAGUCAAAAGAUGUAGAAUCUUUUAGUGGUUUGAAUAAAAAUUCUAAUAAUUCAGGCAUUCCUGUAGUAACAGCCAGAAGACAAACACGUCAAAGAUCCAAUGAACAAAGACAAAAAAACAUUGUAGGAGACUCGUCAGUUCAACAACAGGAUUCAGUUGAACAAAGAAGAACAGAAACAUUACGUGCUAGUAACAAGGUGAAUAGUGGUAAAACCUUUGAGAAAAUCAGAACUAGUAAAACUAAAAUAAUAGAAAAAGCAGAUUCUGCCAGAGAGAAUAAAAGAGUCAAAAAGACCAAAACUGAUGCAGGAAGUAUAGACAAAUCAGAUGGCUUAGACUCUACUGCAAGAAUGGAAGAAAUAAAGUCUACCACUGGUAUUUUUAAAAGGAAGAUUUCAUGUCUUUCAAACGAGUCGACUGACAGUUGUGAAGAAUCAAAUAAAGUACGUAAAGUAGAUUUAUCAGAUGUUGAUAGUGAAGUAGAAGCCGACAGUGACGGAUCUUCCGACUCUGAAGGAGACUUUAUAGAGGUGAAAGUGGACUUGACCAAAGUGAAGGAAGAUGAUUUGUUUCCUGCCAGUAUGUUUGAGACUGAUACAGGGGAGGCAACUGCAAGUUACAAACCUGAAGUCAACAAAGACAAUGCCAAGGAAGUGGAAAACAGUACAGAAGAUAUUAAUGAUACAGUAACUGUAGAGACAGCAAAUGAAAAAGCAUUUGUCAGUGUUGUACGUAAGGAUGUAGAAGUGGAAAAUAAAGUGAAUGUCAGUUCAGCAGCACACAAGAAAGUAGAGACUAUAGCAGAGGUUGAAAAUGAUGUCGAGGUUAAUGGGAUUGAGGAUGAGGAAUCUAAGUUUGAUAAAGACAAGAGACACAUUGAUGACCAGAUUACUGUUGUAGAGAGUGAAGAAGAAGGAUUGGAGAGUGAAGAUAGAAAUGGUGAUAUAAGAAUUAAAACCAAGCCUGAUGUUGACAAAAAGCUUGAAGCAAAGGCAACAGAAGGUGAAGAAAUUGGAGCAGAAGAUAACAUCACCAUGGAAACAGAAGCAGACAACAUUUCUGAUGAAUCUUCAGAGGAACCAGGUAUGGUGGAACACAGUAAUAAACGAGCGUCUAGCCCUGCGGUACCAAGUCUUGUAAGACAGUUUGAAAGUGUGAAUGAACAAAAUGUGCGUGGAAUGAGAGAGAAUUUAGCAUCAGAGAACAGACAGUUGAGACUAGAACAGGGGAGACAGGAGAGGCUUGCAGUGUCUAUCACUGAUCAGAUGCAUUCAGAAGCUCAGGAAUUACUUCAGCUGUUUGGUAUCCCAUUUAUUGUGAGUCCAACUGAAGCUGAAGCUCAGUGUGCUCAAUUAGAGCUCAUUAAACUCACAAAUGGAACAAUAACAGAUGAUAGCGAUAUCUGGCUGUUUGGUGGAAAAUGUGUUUUUAAGAACUUCUUCAAUCAGCAAAAACAUGUAGAGUGUUUUAAAGAAGUGAAUAUCAAGUCACAGCUGGGGUUAACCAGAGAAAGCCUGAUAAAUAUUGCCCUGCUUUGUGGUAGCGACUACACCGAGGGAAUCCGGGGUGUUGGAACUGUCACUGCAAUGGAAAUUCUGGCAAAGUUUCCAGGGAAUGGUCUUGAAAGUCUCGUUAAAUUGAAGACAUGGUGGGAUAAUGCUCAGAAGGAAAUCAAAGUGCCUUCAAAACAAUCUAAACUUCUUUCUAAGUUGAGGGAUUUGGAUAUAGAUGAAGGAUUCCCAAAUCCGCAGGUGGUUGAAGCUUACCUAUCUCCAGUUGUUGAUGAUUCCAGAGAGAAGUUCUCUUGGUCUCUACCAAAUCUUGAGCAGCUGAGACAAUAUCCUUGAUAAUGAUCAAAGGUUAAGCUGAAGUGGAAUCGUGAAAAGACAGAUGAGGUUCUUCUACCUGUACUCAAACGAUUGAGUGAAAAACAGCAUCAAAGAAGUAUCAGUGCAUUUUUCCAACCUGAGGUCUACAUGAACCCUGCACCUGUGAAAAGUAAGAGACUCCAAAAAGUAGUGAAUAAAUUCAUCAACCCUACAGAAGAACAAGAGGAUUCUGAUGAUGAACAGAAGAAUGUCAAAAAGAAAACUAGGUCAAAAGGUCAGAAAGGUAAAGGUGAUGAUGAAAAGACUGGGUCAGAAGGUCAAUAUGAUUGUGACAAUCAAAAGGAAGUCACUGGUACAAGUAGUGUAAGUAAAAGAAGAACCAAAGCUGUUAAUAAGAAAAACGAUGGAGCUGUUAUACAGAAGGAAAAUGGUGGGAAUAUAGAAAGUAUGACAGAAAAGAAACCAAAUCCAAAAGCUCAGGGGCAUUUAAAAGAAGCUCCUGAUGAAACUGCUGUACUUGAUGUAGUGGCAAAUGAAAGUAAGAACACUGAUAAUGCAGAACUGGGUUCGGAAAAGACUGGAAAAGGUAAAUCUGUCAGGGGCAGAGGUCGUGGAAGGGGCAGAGGCAAAGGUGCGGGAUCAACUAGAAGCUUAAGGAGCUCAAAAGUUGAGGAGAAAGAAAGGUUUAAUUCGGAUAGUGAAUCAAGUGUUGAUUCAGAAAGUGACUCUUCAACAACAUCAUCAUCAUCAGAUGAUGGUGAUUUUGAUGAUAGUGAUGGUGAUUUUGAUGAUGAGGAAGAUGAAGGAGGCAGUGGAAUAAAUGUCAUACAAACAGGUUUAAACAUAGAUGAAAUAUUAAACCUGAAAAUGGGAUGUAGUUUUGAUGUAGCUAAACCUGUUAAAAUGUCCAAACAAAAAGGAAAGGUAAUCGAAAAUGUGAUGAAUGUGAAUGAAAUUCUGCACCUUGAAAGUGGAGCAGAUGACAUAAAUAAAGUAAUUGAUGUUUGCAAUACUGUUGAAGAGGCAGCUGAAGGAGAAGCAGACCAAGAUGGAAAUUUGCUUGAAACAGAUCAAAUUAUUGAUGAUACGUUUGCAAAUGAAGGUGGGUUUAUAAAGGAGGAGGAGGAUGAAAUGGAAGAGUGGCCUGAAACAAUGACAGAUGAAAUAGUUAAAGCUGUUGAAUCUUCAGAAAAGACCAUUGCAUUGACUUCAGAUUUUGAUAAAAAAUCAGUUAAGAUAAAUAGAAAUAGAAAAGAACUCUCUGAGGAAAGAAUUGCUACUUCAAAACUCUCAAAUUUUAAAGAUAUUGGUUCUGAAGAAUCUUGUAAGAUUGGAACAAAAAGGACCAGGUCAAGCCGAACAAACAGUACGAGAGAUAAAUCUGUAGUUAUUAAAUCAAUGUUCAAACAAGAAAAAGUGGAUAAAGUUAAAAGUGAUAGUUGCACUGAAUCCAACCAAUUGAAAAUGUCUGAAAAGGUGAUUUUAAUUGAUGAAAGUAAAUCAGUUAAGUCUGUUGCAACUGUUAAGCCAAUUAAAGCAGAAAAGACCGGUGCAAAAUUGAGCAAACCAAAGCAUGACAGUAUUUAUACAAAUGACCCAAUUAAGCCAGUUGUGACUGGAUUGCCUUGGGCAGACAAGAAGAAAGGGCAGAAAAAGAAGCAAAGUGCAAAGGGUCAGGGGAAAAUAAAGCUUCACACUAUAGCACCAGUAGAAACAGUGGUAAAAUCAAAACAGAUAGAAAAUAAGAAAACAUUUGAAAGUGUGAAUUUAUCUGAAAGUGAUUCUGAUGAUUAAAUUAUAAUGUUACUUUAAUUCUGCAUUUAAAACGAAAGACUAGCUUCCUGAUUGUUAGAAAUUACAAAAAUUGUAUAAAACAAUCACCUUACAGAAAAGCUUUCCAAACAAAGUUGCUGUGGCCUUCAUAUUUAUUAGUGUGGUCAAAUAUACAGAUUAAACAAUGAACAUUGUUCCUUAUAACAAGUUUAUUGCCAUUUUUACCAGAUACAUUGAUGAAUAUUUUGUAAACUGGGGUUGAUGAUUUAGCAAGAAAGUUAGUUAUCUAGUGGGAAAAAACUUUUCAGCAACUUGUUCCUGAUUUUCUUUAAUAUUCUAAAUUACCUAGAUUUAAUUAUAGGUGGACGGAUAGCUCAGUGGUUUGCACACUGGCCUUCCAAUCCUGAGGUCGGGGGUUCGAUCCCCGGCAGCUACUUGGGAAUUUUCAGAAACGCUUUUCAUAGUUUCCCACCCAACUAGAGGUGUACUGGUCAGGAACCCAGGCAAUCCACUGCUAUACACUGGGCAUGUUAAAGAACCAGGCUGUCUAUUCAAACGAGAUAGGCUAAGUUAGCCUGACAAGCCUGUAUCCUGUAAUUUCUGAUCUCUCUGUCGUGGGGGCUUUGUCUCACUCUGUCCCUCUGGUCAGAUUGCUCUGUGUCUGUACUAGUAGAGGAUGAAUUAUGCGUCCUGUGUGGCGGAAUUUGAACCAUGUAAAGCGCCUUUGAACAUGAAAUUGAUCAUGAAAAGGGUGCUAUAUAAAUCUGGUAUAAUAAUAUAAUAAUUCUACAUUGUUAUUAUGUAUAAUGCAUAACUAAGAGAUGGGGGAUUGUGUCCUCUUGUACAAAAGUACCAGGCUCUAUUUUGUUUCUUUAUUGUUACUAGAGUACAUGGACAUUUACCUUUUAGCUCAUCUGAGCAUUAAGUGCUCUUGGUGAGCUUUCAGGAUCAUUCGAUGUCCGUUCAUCAUCCAUCUGUCUGUUGUCCACAAUUUCUAUAAAAACAUCUCUUCUUGAACCACCAGGCCAGUUUCAACCAGACUUUACAGGAUAUUCCUUUGGUGGUCCCUUUCAGAUUCAUUCAAAUCUAGGUCAUCCAUUCAGAAUUCUGGUUGCCAUGGCAAACUAAAGGAAAACCUUUAAAUUCUUUUCCUCAUAAAUCUGUGGCAUGCAUUUGUCUGUGAUAGUAUGGCUAUAUGAAAGACUUUGAACAUCUCCUCUGAAAAUGCAGAUUCAAUUGCUGUUAAUGAUUCUUGGGUGACCUUUUACCAGACUUUUUCAAGCCAUAUUGAUUUGCUAAAAAAGCGUGGCUGCCUUUAUGGGGCAGGCUUGUUUUCUCUAAAUGGAAAACUUGCUAGCCCAAAUUCAAACAUCUAUGUUCUACAAAUGUUCCCAGGGUGACCCUCUACCAAAUUUCCUGAAGCUCCUGCCCACAUAACCCUCACUCCCUCUACUUCUUCAAACAAACACACACACAAGCACACACACACACACACACAUUUGUUUACUUUCAGUUUGCUAUGGUUCUUGAUAUUGUCUCUUAGUAUACUGUGCCAUCAUUCAUUCACUUAAUGGCUACUUGACAUAUGACUCAGACUGUAUUUUAAUAUAAUGUCUCAGAUAUUUUGCUUGCAUAACCCCCAACCAAAACUGCUGUGAAACUCAGGUGAUCUUUCUGAGGCUAUCAUGGCCCUUUUGGGGUAGCCUGGUAGCUUUAAAUUGGUCAAUUUUUUAAUGAUAAAUGUACUUUCUGAGGCCAUCAUGGCCCCUGUGGGGUAGCCUGGUAGCUUUAGAUUGGUCAGUUUUUUAAUGAUAGAUGUAUAUUUUUGUAUGAAAUGUAAAAUGUUAUCUGCGAAUUUUUAUCUGUGAUAUUUAUGUACAACUAAGAAUGAUGUAUUUUUGUUGAUAUAAAAUUUCUAUUUAUUACAUGCCAUGAAGUGCUUAUAACAGAACUAGUGUUAAGAUAAUCUCUUACAAUGUUUCUAAAUAUUUUGUUUUGUCUUGAUUUGACUUAGAUAAUAAAUUAUCAGCAAUAA